CAAAAAAACAAAAAAAAAACCCCAAUCCGUCAAGAUUGUCCCGAGACUCCCAGCGGGACACCUGGAAUGAAUAAAAACCCAGAUGUGCACAGACUCCUCCCCCUCUCUUUGUGAAAGCAUUGCAGCCUGAUUCAGAGUGCCUCACUCGCACACAGCCAGUCGCUGGUACAGGACGGAGCCACGCUGACUAGCCUCUCCCCAGCACCAUGGCACUCCGAGCACUGUGUCUCCUUGCUGCCCUCACCCUGGCCUGUGCCCAGCACCAACCUCUGAUGGAAUACAUUGAGAGAAGGAUUCUCUCAAUAGAGGACCGCAUCUCUGCGUGGCACGACAACACGAACCGUUACGCCGUGGAGCUGCGUGAGUUCAAGCAGCAGAUCGUGGCCCUGAUGGAGACCCUCGAGAAGGAGCGGCAGGGACUGCGCAACGAGCUGGACAACACCAACACGCGCGUGGAGCGCAUGGAGCGAGAGCUGGACUUCCUGGAGACGCAGAACCACGCCCCGCCCUGCGUGGAAGUGGACGACAAGCUGGUGGAGCAGCAGGUCAAAAAGGUGAAGGAGAAGAACAAGGUGAAGUACGAGAGGCUCACAGACUGCAGGGACAUGAUAUCCAGCAUCAAGUCUAUGAAGAUCCUGAAGAGGCUCGGUGGUGCGACGGGUGUGUGGGCCAAAGACCCGGUCGCACAGUCGGGGGAGAUCUACGUCUUCAACAACUCUUCCGGGGACACGCUGCACCAUUUCAAAACGGUGCGCGACUUCACGGCUUCUGCAGGAACCUCGCGGGCCAAGAAGAUCAAGCUGCCCUUCCCCUGGGGCGGCGCGGGACACACCAUCUACGACGGGCACGUCUACUACGUGAAAGAGGGGCAGGACUUCCAGGUCAUCAAGUACGACCUGAAGAACGAGACCGUGGUGGACAGCGUCGUCUUCCCGGCGGAGGAGCAGGUCCCCGUCUACGGGCUUUCCCCCGAGACCUUCAUCGACCUGGCCGUGGAUGAGGAAGGACUCUGGGCCAUCUACGCCACCAAGGAGAACGAGAAGAACAUCUGCCUGGCCAAGAUGGACCCCAAGACGCUGGCUAUCGAGGAGAUGUGGGACACGCCCUGCCCCCGGGAGAACGCUGAGGCGGCCUUCGUCAUCUGUGGCACGGUGUACGUGGUCUACAACACCAAGCUGCCCAGCCGCUCGCGGGUCCAGUGUGUCUUCGACGUCAGCGACAUGGUUACCAACGACGACGCCCCUUUGGUCUACUUCCCCAGACGCUACAGCUCCCACGCCAGCCUCAAGUACAACCCCCGGGAGAGGCAGAUCUACGCCUGGGAUGACGGCUAUCAGAUUCUCUACAAGCUUGUCCUGAAGAAGAAGCUGGAGGUGUGAACCCCACAAAGGGCUCCUAGGAACUGGGGGGGGGUGGGUGGGUGGGUGGGGAGCCAGGCUGGUUCUGCCCUCUCCAAACAGUACACUAUCACAUGUAAUAUAACGCAAAGCCACUGGUAAUGAAGUGUGUUUUAGAAGGUACAUGGUGCCAUGGGGCCUCUGUUUCCCGUCACCAGGGACUGUGUUAGCUGGUCUUAGCUCGUCACAAGGACUGUAGAGCGGUUUCACAGAAUGGGACUUAACUCUUUCUGUAUCUUUACCACUUGCCCUCCUCUCUCACCAUUGACAGUGCUAUUCAGUGACAUCACUUACUGUUCAUGGUGCUGUGUUUCUGCCAAGCAUUUGCAAGACGUUUGUUUUUUUGCAGAUCACCCAUUAAUGUUGAUGGGGAACAAAAAAUGCUAUUCAUAUCAAAGAAUUUUUUUUUUUUCCCAAUUGUAUUCCUCUGUACUUUUUUGUAUGUAUUUUUCAAGGAUACAAGGUCUUUUUGUAGAAAAAUUUAAAUCAAUAAAUAGUGACUAAACAUCUAG